AUGCCUCAAGAGGAGCUUCAAAAUGGCAACGCUACGGAGACUUCACCAUUGCUAUACAACGUCCAGCCCACAGACAGUUUAGCACCAGAAGGUCCGCUCCCAGCAUCUCAUCAUGUCAAUGGCAAUGGCACAUUCCACAAAGAUCUGGCCGCCGCCGAGGACGAUGACACUCUUGAACGCCAAGAGACCAACACUUCUAUCAAUCGACAGAAGCAGUACGAAGGCCUUCCCGAUGUCAAGAAGCGUAUGAAGUACAUCUUCCCGGCCGUGGUAGUCGGUGUCUUCCUUUCCGCGGCCGACCAAACCAUUAUCGUCAGCAGCUAUGGAAGCAUUGGUUCGGAGCUCAAUGCGUUGAGCAUGACUUCCUGGAUUGCUACCGCAUACUUUCUGACCUUGACUUCGUUUCAGCCAUUGUAUGGGAAGUUGUCUGACAUCUUCGGGAGGAAGGCGUGUCUGCUGUUUGGGUACACGGUCUUUGGCCUAGGAUGUCUUGGGUGUGGUCUUGCGCAGGAUAUCAAUCAGCUCAUUGCGGCGAGGGCCUUUGCCGGAAUUGGAGGAGGUGCCAUGACGACUGUUGUGAGUAUUCUGUUGAGCGAUGUUUGUACCUUAAGGGAGAGAGGGCAGUGGCAGGGAUAUGUAAACAUUGUGUUUGCUGCUGGUUCUAGUGCUGGCGCGCCGAUUGGAGGCAUCGCCGUAGACUACAUCGGCUGGCGAUGGGCAUUUCUAAUUCAAGUACCCCUCUGUGUGAUAGCAUUCCUGGCGGUCACCUUUGCACUCCACUUGCCGCAGCGUGAGCAAGCAGACUGGAGAAAGAGUCUACGACGGAUCGAUUUUCCCGGUGCUAUCAUCUUGCUCAGCGCUGUGUCAACUUUCUGCCUAGCACUGGACCGCGGCAGUAAUGUCAGCUGGACUGCACCGGUCGCCUACAUUCCGCUGGCAACCUCGAUACCACUAUUUAUCAUCUUCGUUUUAGUCGAGAUGAACCUCGCAGUCGAGCCGUUCGGACCAGGCCACAUCAUAUUUGACCGCACGAUGAUCGCUACCUACCUUUGCAACUUCUUCUCCAUGGCUGGAUGGUUGGCAGCGAUCUUCUACAUUCCACUUUACUUCCAGGUCGUGGAUCAUGUCACAGCCACUGGAGCCGGCCUUCGACUGAUCCCAGGUGUGAUUUUCGGCGUGCUUGGAAGUCUUCAUGCAGGUUACUACAUGCGACGAACCGGAAAAUACUACUGGCUUACUGUCAUCGUAUAUGCAGGCUUAGCCUUGGGGACUUUCACAAUAUUCCUGAUGAGUGGCAUUCUUUUGAAUAGCACUAUUGGCAUCGUCCUCGGAAUGUGCCUAGCUGGCUUCAGCAAUGGGAACGGCAUCACAACAACUUUGAUAGGAAUCAUCGCGAACGCUUCUCAUGAAGAUCAAGCUGUAGCUACAGCUUGUAGCUAUCUGUUCCGAUCUCUUGGAAGCGUCUUCGGCGUUUCCAUCUCCGCGACUGUAGCGAACCAGGCUUUGCGCAAGAGUCUUGCGAGUGAACUGCCACAACUAGGACUGCCGGAGGGCGAGGCAUUGGAUAUUGCGGAGAAGGUAAGACAGAGUCUCGCAUAUUUGAGACAGCUCGAUCCGAAGGUUAGGCACGUUGUCGAGAAUUGUUUCGCGAAAAGCACAAAUGCGGCCUUCGGAUUGCAAGUUGCGCUUGUACUGGGGGCAGCUAUUAGUGCUUGGUUCAUCAGGGACACGAGGCUAAGCAAGUAA